UCAGAUAGGACUGCUGUCUUGUUUUAUUGGGUGUGUUAUCGAAGACUCACGAUUUACAGAAAUAAUGAGUGCAAACCCUUCUAAACCCAAGGAAAGCGUUGAGAGGAGAAACAAAAACUUACUGAAUAACAGCGAGCAGGAGUUUGUAGCCAGCAGGAGAAAAACUGUUCUACAAUCCCUGAAGAAGCUUAAGAUUCAAUGCAGUCGGAAAGAGGUGCCAAACAUUGCAUUACUGGGUUCUGGAGGAGCACAAAGAGCCAUGGUGGGUUUGCUGGGAUCCCUGGUUCAGCUUGAUAAAGCGGGUCUUCUGGACUGCAUCCUUUAUCUGAGCGGAGUCUCUGGAUCCACCUGGUGCAUGGCCUCCUUAUACAAAGAACCAAACUGGUCCACCAAACUAGAGACCGUGAAGAACAAAAUCAUUGAGAGAAUCAGCGGACCAGGAGUCAGCUGGGGAGACGCAUUGACUAAACUGAAGAAAUAUUACUACGGGAAAGACUUCUUCAGCUUGACUGACGUCUGGGCAGUGAUGGUCGUCGCGUCAAUUGUGAAAGAGAUCGAUGAGCACACACUCACCGAGCAGCGGAACCAGCACAAUAAAGACCCGUUUCCCAUCUAUGCAGUGAUCGACAAGCAAAGCAAACAGAGCAAUGACGGAGACCCCUGGUUUGAGAUCAAUCCAUAUGAAGCAGGUUAUUCUCUCUCUGGAGUGUUUGUGGACACCGGCGACUUUGGCAGCCAGUUUCACAAAGGCUCAAAGAUAAAACAUCAGGAUGAAUUUGACAUGCUGUACCUGCAAGCUCUUUGUGGCAGCGCUUUAGGGGAUGAAGUGGCUAUUAAGAAUGACAUGUGGCAAAAGAUAAAAGAUUUCUUUCAAAACGAAACAAUACUGGAGGCAAUGAGGGAGGACCUCUCUGGAGGCAAAAGUCCGCUGAUUUCUUCAAUGAAAACAGAAAAACAGUAUAUAAAGCGUUUCGCCAUGGAUGUGUGUGAAGAUUUGAGUAGUCGGAGCAAUAUUUGGCAAUUUGAUGCUGGGAUAAGUAUUUGUAAAUGCAUGGCUGAGUGGAUCUGGGGAAGGAAAUAUAACUUCCUCCACAACAUGACAGAUGAAGCAGUGAACUCCACUCUUCUGCAAAGUGAGACAAGAGACUAUAUAGACGCAGGAGUGUUGCUGAACUCACCCUACUUCUCAGUGCUGAGAGAAGACCGAGACAUUGACCUCAUCAUUUCCCUGGACUUCAGUGAAGGAGAUCCUUUCAUGACAGUAAGAGAUUCUGCUGAGACUUGCAAGAAACUAAAGAUCCCUUUUCCUGAAGUCAAAGUUCCCAGUGAUGAAGGAAAGAAACCAAAGGACUUCUAUGUGUUCAAAGGCCAAAACUCUCCAACCAUGAUCCACAUCCCUCUGUUUAAUGCGGUCAACUGUGGAGGCAAGUUCAGAUCUUACAGCUGUCCUGAUUAAACCUGAAAUAUCACU